GUUUGGUUGAAGGCGUAGAUUUUUUUCGCCUGCCCGAAGCUCAUAGUGUAUCUACUUGGAGUGGCUGAUCGGAACAACCUAGCGAACUAAAGGUGUCCCUGUCUGGAUAACAUACCUGUACCUCCAUUCACCUGUCCAACGAUUAUAAAUAUCUAUCGUUCUACACGAUCUAUCUACACGAUCUAUCCCCACAUCUUUGUCCCAUUCCUUCUGCUCUCUUGGGACUCUAUUUGCAUCUGCGAGCGACAGUUUGAACAUCAAAUAACACAUAAAUAUGGAUAAAACGGAGCUGAUUCAGAAAGCCAAGCUGGCGGAGCAGGCUGAGCGUUACGACGACAUGGCUUCGUCCAUGAAGGAGGUAACUGAGAAGGGGGCAGAGCUGUCGUGUGAGGAGAGAAAUCUUCUAUCGGUUGCCUACAAGAACGUUGUCGGGGCCCGGAGGUCCGCAUGGCGGGUCAUCUCCGCCAUCGAGCAGAAGACAGAGGGCAGCGACAAGAAGCUUCAGAUGGUGAAGGAAUACCGGAAUAAGGUGGAGACCGAGUUGCGAGACAUCUGCAACGAUGUAUUGGGGCUGCUGAGCAAAUAUUUGAUUGAAAAUGCUCCUAAUGCGGAGAGCAAAGUGUUCUAUUUGAAGAUGAAGGGAGACUACUACAGAUACCUGGCUGAGGUGGCCUCCGCAGAUGACAAGAAGGAGACGAUAUCCAACUCUCAAGACUCGUACCAAGAGGCGUUUGACAUCAGCAAGAAGGAGAUGCAGCCCACCCACCCCAUCCGCCUGGGCUUGGCCCUCAACUUCUCUGUCUUCUUCUACGAGAUCCUCAACUCCCCAGAGAAGGCCUGCUCACUGGCCAAACAGGCCUUUGAUGACGCCAUCGCUGAGCUCGACACGCUGAGCGAAGACUCGUACAAAGACAGCACCCUCAUCAUGCAGCUGCUUAGGGACAACCUCACACUAUGGACGUCUGAUAAUGCAGCAGAUGAGCCAGAGACUGGAGAGGAAGGAGAGAACUGAGAUGCUCCCUGUCCUUCCUCGCCAAGAAAAAAGAGAAAGACCCCCAAAAAUAUUUUACACUUCAUUCCUCAUUGUUCCACUUGAAAUGAUUCUAGUAAUGAGCGCCUGUCGUUACCAAGGAGCUGUCAGUGUAUGGCAAAUUUUAAAUAAUUUUCGUUUUCACCACGACUUUUCGGUAUGAAUAAAAACUAAAUUAAUUUAAAGUAAAUAAUAUUGCCAUUCCUGAGUUUGUGUUUGUCCCGGCCUUCCUGACGUGCAGUUUCUGCUGUGGAAAAGUAUUCGCUUCACUUUAACAUUAACUGUCUGUUCAACAUGACAAUAUAGGAUGUAUGUGUAUGUACACUCCCAUAUUUAUUUGGACAGUGAUGCUAAAGCUUUUAAUUUGUCUCUGUACUCUAGCAUUUUGGAUUUGAGAUCAAAUGUUUUAUGAGACAACAGUACAGACUUUCCUUUUUUUUUGGCAAUUCGUUUUGGUUGUUUCUGGUAAUUUUGUGCCCAAUAGAAAUUAAUGGUAAAUAAUGUGUUGUUGUUUUGUGGUCACUUUUAUUGUAAAUAAGAAUAGAAUAUGUUUCUGAACACUUCUACGUUAAUGUUGAUGCUAUCAUGAUUACGGAUAAUCAUGAAUGAAUUGUUAAUAAUGAUGAAAGUUAGAGGGUCAAAGAUCGUACCCCCAAAACAUUCUAACCUUUCACCAUUACCAAUAACAGUGGAGGUUAGGAUUUUCUUUUGGGUAUGAUAUUUAUGCAUCUGUAACUUUCUCACUCAUCAUUAUUCAUGAUUAUCCGUAAUCGUGGUAUCUUCCACAUUAUUGUAGACGUGUUCAGACACAUUCUAUUCUUACUUCCAAUAAAAGUGACUACAAAAUUACGCAAUACAUUAUUUACCAUUUCUAUUGGGCACAACAUAAUCUGAAGCAAACAAACAAACUGCAAUUGCAUCCAACCAAUUUGUAGUCCCAAGCUCGGGUGUUGUCCUUGCGUGCUGGGAAUAUGGGCCCAAAUACUAAACCUUUGACUACAUUUAAUACACUAAGUGAAUUUGUCUAAAUACUUAUGACACCUUACAAUGGGGGGGACUAGAUGCAUAAUGUGCUUUCAUUUCUAAACAGUGAAAAUACCCUCAAAUAGACCGCCCGAGUGGCGCAGCAGUCUAAGGCACUGCAUCUCAGUGCUAGAGGC